UGCUUGGAUAUUCCUUGCUUCCUUCUCAGAUCCGGGAGCUGGUUCCUGAGUCCCAGGCCUACAUGGAUCUGUUGGCCUUUGAACGCAAACUAGACCAGACCAUUAUGCGGAAGCGUGUGGAUAUUCAGGAAGCGCUGAAGAGGCCAAUGAAGCAAAAGCGGAAACUGAGACUUUACAUCUCCAAUACAUUUAAUCCCGCAAAAUCUGACGCUGAUGACUCUGAUGGCAGCAUUGCUUCAUGGGAGCUGCGAGUGGAGGGGAAGCUCCUGGAUGACCUCAGCAAACAGAAACGGAAGUUUUCAUCUUUUUUUAAGAGUUUGGUUAUUGAACUGGACAAAGAUCUUUAUGGACCUGACAACCAUCUUGUGGAGUGGCACAGAACUCCCACAACCCAGGAAACGGAUGGCUUCCAGGUGAAAAGACCCGGUGAUGUCAGCGUGCGGUGCACAUUACUCCUCAUGUUGGACUACCAGCCUCCACAGUUUAAACUGGACCCGCGAUUAGCCCGUUUGCUGGGGAUACACACACAGACCCGAUCAGCCAUCAUCCAGGCUCUCUGGCAGUACAUCAAAACAAAUAAGCUGCAAGACUCCCAUGAUAAGGAAUACAUUAACUGCGACAAAUACUUCCAGCAGAUCUUUGACUGUCCACGGCUAAAGUUUUCUGAAAUUCCUCAGAGACUCACUAACCUGCUACUGCCACCAGACCCUAUCGUGAUAAACCAUAUCAUCAG